AAGUUGGAGGUGAGAGUUGCGGGCCAAGUGUGUUGACACAGUUCAGGCUGCUUCACACUGCUGACAGGGCCUUCCGCCAUCCCCCUCACCCAUUAUCUGCCUAGUGAAGAGUGAUGACCUCACAGCAGCAUGGGAAUGCCAACCCUGCCCUCCUAUCACCACAGAACUCUUCAUCCAGUCAGGGCAGGCAACACAUCUCUCGUUCCCCGAUAGACUCGUAUUCCCGCUCUGGGCUUUCCUCUCCUCGGAGAGGCUGGGUUGCAGCUUCCUUAUCCGCAACAGCUCACGGUAACUCCCUUGCACUCUCUCUAAGCCGAUUGGGUCCGGCGUCUUGCAGUAAUUCCUCCUCAUCUCGGAGACCUGCAUCUGGCCGGGUGGAGCCGUGGCCAGAGGAGGCUGUGGACGACGCUUAUGGGCUUUACUCUCUUCACCGCAUGUUUGAUAUUGUGGGCGCGCAGCUGACGCACCGUGACGUACGUGUGCUGUCCUUCCUUUUUGUGGACGUUAUUGACGAGUACGAGAGAGGAGGGAUACGGAGCGGGCGGGAUUUCCUGCUUGCGCUGGAGCGUCAGGGGCGAUGUGACGAGACAAACUUCCGGCAUGUUCUUCAGCUGCUCCGCAUCAUCACUCGCCAUGACCUGCUGCCGUACGUUACGUUACGCAAGAGACAGACAGUGUGCCCAGAUCCAGUGGAUAAAUAUCUGGAGGAGACAUCAGUCCGUUAUGUUUCUCCCAGAGGAGCAGGAGAGGCCCAGCAGGGAACUCCUCACAGAAGAGCAGGUGUGUCCUGCAUUAGUUGUGAUUUAGACCUCUUAAUGGUGCUGUAAGCAUUUUUGGUUUUGUGUUUUUUACUGAAAUAUCACAUCUGUCACUCUGUAAACUGCAGAAAUGUCUAUAAUUAUUUGAUAAGCCAAUCUGAACUUUUGAUGCACUGUCAGUAAUUUUGUGUUUUUACAGUACAGCACAUAUAUGGGAAACAGGAAGUUUGGGUUUUGAAAUGGGCAGGGUUUUGGAUUAAGGGCGUGUCUUAAUUCAGUGGCUACUGGUGUGUUCAAGUCCUCCUUGAAUUGUCGUGGCAUUCAUAUAUGUUCAACUCAUAAAUACAAUCUUUCAGAUGUGACUUGAACGCACCAUAAGUUUAAAAGAAGUUCCAGAAUGACAAAAGGCUUGAAUACACUACACAAUGUUUACAAUAUGAAAAUAUUUUAAA